AUGUCGCCUACCAAGGACCCCAGAAGAGUUGACCUGAUCGUCCCUUACCAAGAGCCCAAGCGCUCAGGUGACUCGACCGAUCUCUCCUCAACGAUGUCUACUACCCUACCUAUGGCUGCUAUGUUUACGCGCAACAAAAUGGUUGGAUGGGCGUCAGUUGUCUUCUCUAUCCAGAGCUGGCUCGGCGAGAGCGAGGACUCGAAGAAGAACUCCACCACUCCUGGGUACUUCUCCGUUGGCAUGUCCAUUAUGGCUCUUGCUGUUACUUACCUCCCUAUGUUCCUCCCUCCCGUCGGUGGCAAGCAGGCCUCUGGCACCGAGGCCCCUGCUCCUGUCCCACUGGCAUAG